CGCCAUAUUGCAGUUCAGUGAAACAAAAACAAAGAGCGAACACCACGGAAACCACCCUUCUUUUGUCGUAUUUGAUAAAAAUUGUACUCUGCUGGAAGAAAUUUGAAGAAAAGGAAUGGCUCAGAGUCCCUUAGGUGGGGCAGUGAAAGCCUUACAGCUGGAACUAAAGAAAAUUAAAGAAGAACCAGUGGAAGGAUUUCGUGUGAAUUUGAUAGAAGAUGAGAAUUUGUUCGAGUGGGAAGUGGCUAUCUUUGGACCUCCAGGAACCUUGUAUGAAGGAGGUUAUUUUAAGGCCCACAUGAAGUUCCCAGCAGAUUAUCCAUACAAUCCUCCAAGUGUUAAGUUUAUGUCAAAGAUGUGGCAUCCAAACGUAUACGAGAAUGGAGAUGUUUGCAUAUCAAUAUUACAUCCCCCAGUAGACGACCCGCAGAGUGGAGAACUUCCUUCAGAACGAUGGAAUCCCACGCAGAAUGUCAGAACGGUCUUGCUUAGUAUAAUUUCAUUGUUAAAUGAGCCCAACACAUUUUCUCCAGCCAAUGUUGAUGCAUCUGUAAUGUACAGGAAAUGGAAGGAUUCUAAAGGCAAGGACAAAGAGUACGAAAAUAUAAUCAGGAAACAAGUGGAAGGGACAAAGGAUGAGGCGAACAAAGAUGGAGUAAAGGUACCUACAACCUUACAGGAGUACUGUGUAACAUUUAAACCCAAACCUCCUGAUACUGGAAUGGAUUGUGUUGACUUCUAUGACGACGAUGACUAUGCUGAUGAUAUGGACGAUGAGGAGGAGGAGGACGAGGAUAACUGUUAUGCAGAAGAUCAAUAUGAUUCUGGAAAUGGUUGAAUGUUAUGGUCUUAGUAUUUGUUUCAAAGAAAAAGAGAGAAAAAAAGAAACAUUGUAUAAAUGUGAGGGAAAAACGAAGAGAGCAGGGAAUGUUCAACUUGGUCACUGCCUAUAUGUUUACAUCAUGAUACCAUAACUGGAGAAUUAAUACACUCCCAAGUGUAUAUUUCCCUUUAACAACGACAAACUUAGAUUUUGUUUCUUUGCUUUACAUGAAGUUGGAUUAAGCCCUUUGGUGUUACUUUCGGAUUUAUAAUAAAUGAAUUACUGCUAUUAAGUAGAGAAUUGUAGGUACAUUAUACCUCUAACAAGACUGGUUAUCAGGAAUGUUAUAAAAGAUUUACAUUAGAUAUUUAAAAAAAUAUAAAAUGAGAUGUUUUGGCCUAUGCUUUCUUUCCCUCAAAAGCAAAUGAAUAAUUUUAUUCUCUUUUUUUUCAUAUUAAUUUAUUAUUUCAGAAAUUUGCUUUGUUAUUGGUACACAGACAGGGCUGGUGUGCUAAUAAACAUAUCUCUCAAACCAUAGAAUUCUGAUCUUACAAGUGUUUUAAUGGAUACUGAUCAUGAUUAUGCACUAUUGGUACCUUGUAAUACAGGUCACAAUUGUGUGUUUUCAAAUUUAAUAUUUCUCAUUACUGUUGUUAAGUUAGUAAAUUGGAUAUUAGCAAAUACUUCCCUUCAUUAUUUCUAGACUAUUUGACUCUAAAACAAUUUAAGUACUUGUGGAUUGAAUAUAAUGAAGCCAAGAUAGCUGUAGGAAAUUAAGAAUAGAUAUUUGUAGUCUCUUAGUAGCAUGGAAAAGCAUGAUUUUCAAUACAAGUUUUUUAUCAACUUACAAAUCACGAAUCAUUCACUUUUUCUGCAAUUGAAGAAACUAGUGUCCAAACUUUAAAAUUUCAUUUCAAAUCAUUCGAUUUAAGCAAAAUUCCUUAACUUCAUUUCUGCUUUCUGAAUAACAAAAAUGAAACUCACAUUUUUUAUUAAAGUAAUUGUGAAAUGAAAACAUUUACUUUUAAAAAAUAAUGAAAAAAAAUUUCUUGGUACAAACAGUUGGUGUUGGAUAGAAUGUAGAUAUCCAAAAAUAUUAAGUUUCUUUAAAAACCGAUACUUGUAUUGUAGUAACAAGUGAUAACAGUUUUCGGUAUUGAAACAGUUUGGUAAUGUAUAAAUGGACCUGUAUGUCUUGCUGUAUUUAAUUAUUCAUUGUCCAAUUAUUGUAUUCCCGGUUAUUUGUAAAUGAAGAUCUUGCUCUUCGAUUUUGUUUGUAUGUUGACAUAUUUUCAUUGAUCAAGUGUAAACAAAUUCCCAGGUGCUGUAGAGCAUUUUAUGUGAUACAUGCAGUUUGCUUAAACAUUCAAAACAUUAUGAUGUUACAAAACAUGCUAGAGGUUUGUUGAAUAUCUGAAAAGUUUGGGGUAAAUUUGUGGUUUUUCCAUCUUUUAUGUAUGUUAGAAUGAUAUGAUCUGAAAUGUGUGUGUUUCAUAGUAACAGUAUGUAGUUUAAUGUCCACUUAAAUGAUAUGGCAUGCAUGUAUGCAAACUACAAAGACGGGGAAAAGAUGACAUCAAACAUUCUGUAACAGAAGAGAAUUUUGUUUAGUUUUCUUAUUCUUAGGGAAAUUAGGGGAAAAGGCCAGUCACAGCAUCAUUUUUUCUUCUUUACCUGAUCAUUUCCUCUGUGACUUCUUUAACUUAUUACAAAAUGGUGAUUAAUUUUCAAUAUAUAAAGAUGAUGAUGAAAUUAAAAAGGGAUGUUGUGUAAUUUUAGUAGAUCUAUCUAUAGACUUGACAGAAAGGAUUUUGUAAAUGUCAUUUCUACCAGAGCCAUUACUUCUCAAAGAAUUUCUCACCCUUGAAGUUUGCAAAAUAUUUUCAAAAUUAUAUAUAUAAAAAAAGGAUUCAAGAAGAAAAAUUAUAUUCAUGCAUACAAGUUAAAUGUUUGAUAUGAAAUGCUUGUUGUCUGAAUGUUUAUGUCAAGUAAAUGAACAUCACAAUGUCACAGUUACACAAUUAAAUCAUUUCUAAAUUGAAAUAAUAUGGAUACGUAUAAAGAAAAGUAGGUGUUCACAUUUGAAAACAGUUAUUGUCAGUCUAGCAUUGGUUAGCCAGCAAGUCACUUCUAAUGUCACGAUAUUGUUUGGUAAAAUUGUGGUUUGGAUGACAUUUGCCUUGCAAUUUAACAGUGGCCACUUCCACAGGUCUGUUUUCACAUAUCCUUGAAUAUUUGUGUCAGCAAAAUCUGUUUCUUGGUAUCACCAGAGUUAGUUAAAAUGAAAUUGUAAACAAGUUGUGAUGGUCAGGAAAUAUGAAUUUCAAAAAAUCCUUGUAAAUAUGUGUGAAAUAUCAAAAUGAAUGUAUGUAAUAUUCAGGUAAUAUGUGUUUGGUAUGAAUGUACAUUGACAUAUGGUCAAUAGCCAGCAAGAGCAUGAGUGAGUGAGAGUUUGAUGUCUUCUCCCACACCAGAAUUCCAUUCUUUUAAGCUCUCCACUAGAAGUGAAGAAACAAGGCAUGGAGAUCUGGUAUGAGAGAAUAGCAUAAGAAAAAUUAAUUUAUCACGUUUGAUCAUUCACAUAAUUGUAUAAGUCGCAUUUAAAUACCUGCAUGUGAAUAAGUAGAGGAGAGUAGAUAGUGUGGUUGUAAAGACAUUUGGAGUGUGCAUGUUUUGUCUGAAUGGCCAUUGUCUUUUUGUUUGUGCACUAAACUACUUCAGAUGUUCAAGUAGUAUAAUUUUGUUACCCCAAUUUCAAAUAAGCUUAAUUGUUUCUUCAAUUAAUUGAUAUUUACCAAAAAGGAACCCAAAUUGUUUUUAUUAUUUAAUCUGUCUUUCUAUUUAUAACUUUUUUCCCAGAGGGACUUUUCUUUAACUACCACUCAUUACAGAUAUAAUAUGUUAGAAAAAAAGAGUAGUUUGCUGGAGUUGCCAUGAUUUGAUUUCUUACAAUUGAAGUGAAGAUUUUGAGUUGUUAGAGUUGAAAAUAUUAUGAAAGUCGCCACAGUCUUUGCAGAUUAUCAAAUUAUUGGAUUUGGAUGUUCAAGAAAAUUGUAUUCAUUCAACUGAAAAAAGAUUAUCUUUUUUUUAAUUAUUUCAAUGUUCAAAGCAUGAAAGAUAUGAUUAAACUAGAAAUUAAAAUAUGACUGUAAAAAUAUGUUACCAAAGUUGACAUUUGUUGCUAAGAAAAAAAUUAAGAUGGUACAAACCCCACUGACUUGACCAGUAUUGAUAAACCAAGGCCACUGUUGUUUUAGUAAGGAAUUCAUUGUCAGAAUUAUUAUAAACGUUGGUUUGAAAUAUUUUGUAAUAACACUGAAGGUAAAUAAAUCUCAGACCAGCAAUUGGGAAACGUAUUUUUGAAGAAAAAAAAAUGCACAACAUGGAAUGAUAAAAAUUAUUCAUCGCAUAACUGAUUAACUGUAAGUGAUAGAUAUAUAGUUCAUGGAAUCUGUAAUGAUGUACGUAAUUUAGCUUUGGUGAUUUUCAUGUUAACAUAAGGUUUAUUUUUUCCAAUUUCUUGAUAUAAAUUAAAUUCAGAGUGUUCUCUUCAAACAUCCCUAAGUAUGAUGGUGUUGUAGUAAAAUAUAAAAUAUA